UUGUUAUUUAAUUGUAAAUAUUUUUAAACAGAACCUUAAGCAACACUAUGUGUGGGUGCUUACUUUGGUUUUUUCCACCCUGUCAAUAAUUUCCGCCUGCUCAUAUGUAGUUUGAGCACAUACAGCAACACCUUUGCAAAGACAAGACGAGGGUUUCGAGAUGGAAUUUUGUUAUACUUACAAAUAUAGACCAGUGAUGCAGCAAUUUCCUUUUACACAAAAACUAUUUCACCGUCUCUACAUAAAGGACUGCUGGCAGUUCACCACAUAUUCUUACUUUCUCUGCUUCUUGUAUGCUGUCAUACCUGGAGAAUGAAGACUUUCAUGAAGACUGCAUCACUGUUUUUGAUGCUAUGCUGUGCUCUGCAGAUUAACACCUCAGCUUGUACUAAAGCAAUAAUGAGUGUUAACAGUAUCUGCUGCUUUAAUGAAAUCAAUGUCAGAAUACCUCUGAAACGGCUGGAGUCUUAUUUCUGGACAAGCAGCAGUUGCCCCCUCAAACACAUUGUAUUUGUAACAGUUCCAGAUUCCAAGAAACAGAAGAAAGAAGAGAUUCAGAAGAAUCUAUUCUGUAUGGACCCUGAAUAUAAGUGGGUCCAACGGGCCAUUAAGGACAAGAAACGUGAUUGAAAUUCAACAAAAUGAAAUUUUCUACAAAUAGAAAUGUUCUAAAUUUAUACAGAUACAUACACAUAUUUGCAUAAAUAAGUAAAAUUGAAAAAAAAGAAAAAAGAAAUUGGUAUUGAAUUACUGAGAGUUACUGUUGUGAUGUGUAUUAUUCAAAUGUGUUGAUCUUAUCAUAACUUUUUACAAUGAAGUAAUAGAGAAUACUGCAUACAGAAGUUGUCAUAUGUUUGGAAUUCAUUUUAGUGUCAUCUGCCUUUUUAUUUCCAUAUUUACUUUACGAUUUACUUCAGUUUAGGUUACUUGACAACUUUAUUAAAUUCUGUCAAGUAGCAAUUAGUGUAACUAAUAUUAACUUCAAAUAUAUAUAUGUAUAUGUAUAUAUAUAUAUAUAUAUAUAUAUAUAUAAAUUAUAUUCAUUGAAAAAUGUAUUUGAUUUCUUUCUUUCACUGAUGCACAAUGUUAUUUCUAAGUAAACUAAAAAAGCAACUCACAAAUAUCAAGUUAAAUUACCUUUAUUGAUAUUGCGCUUUAGAUUGUUUCAAAGCGGCUUCACAGUGAUUAAAAAAAAAAAAAUAAUUAAAUGAUGCAAACAAAAUUCAACUCUGCUGUAACGAAGCUUUGAAAAGAAAUAAA